AUGCCGUUGCCAAAUAAUAUUGUUGAAAAUACAGAUUCGCCGCUACUGUCACCUAAUGGAAAUGCGAUUCUACCAUUGUUUUCGUCUAAUGAGAAUGUGACUUUAAUGCUGCCGCUGCCACCUAAUGCAGCGAAUAUGGGUUCGCCGCUGCCACCACCUAUUGAUUCGCCGCUGCCACUACCACCUGAUGUGGUAAUAAGUACGGAUUUGCCACUGUUACCACUACCUGAUGUGAGUUUAACGCUGCCACCACUACCAAAUGUAGUAGGCUCGCCACUGUUAUCACCGCCUAAUGUAGCAGUAAGUGUAGUUAGUAUUAAGUAA